AUGCGCUUCCUCACCACCAUCACCUUAGCCGCACUCACGGCCGGCGUGACCGCGGUCCCCAUUGCGUUGCUACCGAGCCUCACCCACCCGCCAGUUCAUGUCUUCAAGGCCGACGCUGCCCCAGAAGCUAUCAACGCGGAGCCUGACAUUGAGGCCCGCGGCGACAGAGUCAUUAAUGUUUCUGACUGGGAGCGGGAGCCUGAGAUACUGGCCAGAGACGAUGCAGCAAUUGAUGCCUUUGGACUGGAGCCAGAGACUCAAGCUGGAGAAGCAUCUCGCAUCCAAGCCAGAGAUGAGGCUGCUCUUGACAAUAUCGAUCUGGAACCAGAGAUUGAAGCCAGAGACGAACGUCGCAUCAAAGCCAGAGACGAGGUUGCGCUGGACAACUAUGAUUUGAAACCCGAGGUUCAGGCCAGCGACAGCCCUCAAAUCAAGGCCAGAGACGAAUUGACUCUUGAAAACGUUGACCUGGAGCCUACUAUUCACGCCAGAGACGAGCGACACAUCCAAGCAAGAAGUGAAGCUGCAGUCCAAGGCGUCACCCCCGAGGAAGACUGGAAGUAUCGAGACAACCUAGCCAAGCUCGACGCCAACAAUUGCGGCACGGACUGCCAUAAUUCGUUGGACUCGUACCGCUCCAAGGUGUCCAGGGAACGCAGGGACUACUAUGACCGGAGCACGUCUCCGUCUUCCAGGGCUUCGAGAGAUGAACACAAUACGCCCGAGGACAAAGUGAAGUACAUUGACAAUCUCAUCAAGCAGGACAACCGUGAUUGCGGCACGGGCUGCAAAGAUUCUCUAGCUUCGUAUCGCUCAGUGGCGUCCAAAGACUCGAAGCUCUCCCGGGAGAAGGACCUGAAUGACCGUCGUAACGAUAAUUUCAUCUUGCCCAACACCUACUAUCCCAGGGACUCUCGUCCCAAGGAUUUCACCGCCAGUGGCAACGGGAAGAAUGUUCAGAACUACAACAACGGCAAUCGCGACUUCAAUGGGGUUACGAGAUCUUCGAGAGCGUCGAGAGGAGAACACAACUCUCUGCAGGAUGUGGCCAAACACGACGAGAAUCAUAAAAAGCUCGCCGAGGGCGAUUGUGGCGUCAACUGCCAUAAAUCCCUUGACUCGUACCAUUCGGUUGCAUCUGCGGACUCGAAACGCUCUAAAGCGUCUAAAGAGUCUCGGGAGGCUAGGCAAUCCAGGAACUCGGGCCGUAACGGCGGUUGGUGA